AUGAGGAAUCUAAAAGUCUCAUACUUGAACUCGCUUGCAGAUGUCCUCCAAAAGCUCCCAAACGACAAGGACGAGCUCCGUCGGGCAGGUCCUCUGCUCGAAUCAAUCGACGAUUUCCAACAGAGACUGCACAAGAACUUCGAAAAACACCUUGGCAAACAAACCGAUAGUGACUGGUGGAGAAACUUGAAGGACAUACCGGUGAAGGUACAUUAUGAAGUCUUCGUUAAAAAGGAAGUCGAUGAGCUUCGGCGACGGAUCGAUAUACCUCUCAAGGCAAUGAUUAUUAGACUGGGACUGCAGAAUCACGAGAUCACUCGCGAGAUUCAUCGAUCUGCACUAGAUACACAGUCACUUGUUGAAGACUUGAGCGCUGCGGUUGCGGAUCUACCACAGGAGUUUGCGGGGUUGAUGAAACCAACGGAUCAUAGCGAGCGCCAGCAUUUUAUGAUGUUACAGUCUGGCUUAGACCAAUUCAUUCGACGACGUUUUUGCACGGUUCCUCGACUCGCUUGCCUCUGGAUCAAAGACCAGCUCCUGGGCUGGAUGACCUCCUCUCAAACGAAGGGUCACUAUCCAUUGCUUUGGGUGACUGGACCGGCAGGAAGUGGCAAGACACCGCUAGCAACCAAGGCGAUUGAUUCCCUGAAGUCUAGUCAGAGACUGGCCUAUUUCUAUUGUGAUGCGCAAGAUGCUAAUAAGCGAAGCUUCCUCGACAUACUCCGGAAUUGGUGUUGGCAGCUCCUCAGCCAGGACCAAGCUCGAUUGCGUGAAGUGAAGUCUAUCAAAGAUAGACGACAAAUGAUUAGCGGAACGGUUCUUAUAGAAGUCCUGGGUGUCAUACUUUCGAGAGAAAAGGACGUUGUCCUGGUGAUCGAUGACUUUGACGAGUGCGAAACUCAGGAACAAGCCAAGCUUUAUCACAAAUUUUCAACUAUCUCACAGUUAGCCAAGCUUCUGGUGUUUAGCCGGCCACUCCAAGGAAGUGUACGGGCGCUUCAGAAGGCUAUUCCAGAGAAUCUGAUUCGACUUGAAAUUUCCGAGGGCGACACUAAGUCAGAUAUCAAUCAGUUCAUCGAGAGGAGAGUAGCUGACCUAGGCAUCUAUGAUACGUUCAUACUUGCUGAGAUUAUCUCGAUGCUCCAGUCGAAGACAAAUGGCACGUUUCUCUAG